UGCUAACGUUAGCCAGCUGGGAGCGCAUCUGAGAGCUGAGCGGGCGUUGGGCUUUUUUUUUUCUUUCCUGUGACAGUCAACUUCGAAGAGAUGAAGAAGUUUUUUGACGACAUUAAGAAGGACAUUAAAUUCAAAUCUGCAGGACCUGGGAAGAAACUUACAGAAGAGACCAGCAGCAAACCACAGGUGGUGCAGGGCAGCGUCAGUGCCAAGCCUCGCCAUGCUCCCACCGAGGGGGCCCAGAUGGCAGGAGCCGCAGCCCUGGCCAGGAUCGAGCAGCACCAGCGGCCAAAGGUCCACACAUCACAGGAUGCCAUCCGGAACCAGGUGAAAAGAGAGUUGGAGGCAGAGGCCGCUGCAGUGGCCGAAAAGGAAAAGGCAGCGAUGGCAGAGGGAUCCAAAGUGUCAGUGAAGGAUCCUGCCUCUCUGUCAGUGUCAGGUGUGUAUUUCACCUGUCCACUAACGGGAGCCACUUUAACUAAGAGCGAGAGGGAAGUACACAUUAAAGAGGCCAUUUUCAUGCGGUUUGAAGAGGAUGAAGUGGAGGCCUCUGUCAUGAUGAUGCACACUUUUAACAAGGACAAAGAAAAAGUGAAGGCUGCUGUGGAUAUCAUAAGCAAGUAUGUUGACAAUAUAUGCAAGAAUCCAACAGAGGAGAAAUACAGGAAGAUUAAAAUCAGCAACAAGGUUUUCCAGGAGAAGGUACGAUGUGUUGAGGGCAGCAGAGAGUUCCUGCAGGCUCUGGGCUUCCAGAGCACCAUGCUUCCUGUAGAGGGACAAGAGCAGGAAGAAGAGUUCCUGGUGUUGCCAGAGCAGAACGCUGAUGCCCUGGAGUUAAUGAAGGAGAGGAGGGAUCGUCUUCAGAGGGGAGAGCCAGUCAGAGCUCAGCUGGACAGGCAGCCUCAAGCGUUCAGACCCUCUCCUAACGCCACGCGAUUUGAGCUGCCGCCGGAGUUCUACAACCUGACAGCGGAGGAGCUGAAGCGCGAGCAGCAACAGAGGAGCGAUUUGGUGGAGAAAAAUGCCAUGCUGCGCACCAAGGCCAUGAGGGAGAGGGAGGAGCAGAGGGAGAGGCGGAAAUACAACUACACUCUGUUGAGAAUCAGACUGCCUGAUGGAAACCUACUGCAAGGAACCUUUUAUGCGUGGGAUCGGUUGCCUGUGCUGUUCCGGUUCGUACGGGAGUCACUGGUGGACGGCUGGCAGCCCUUUGAGCUCAUUGCUCCUGGAGGUCAAAAACUUAAAGAGACUGAAGAAGUUGCCCUCGCAGAAUGUAACUUGGUCCCUGCAGCUCUGCUCACAUUCUCCUGGGAUGCAGCUGUGCAGGCGGACAUUGCAGCUGCUGGUGGAAAGAGCCCUACUCUUCUCAAACCAGAGCUACUGGAGACCAUUCAAACCCUCAGCUGAGCAAAGCAGCUCUGUCCCUGAACUCUCCCUGCUACCUCCCUCCUUGGCACUACUAGGGUGAAACUGCCCCUUAACCACUGACUAGUGAUGAGCUUCUCUUUGCAAAUAAAAUGCAAACCAUUAGCAGUGGGACUAGGUGCAAUUAGAAAUCACAUAAGUCUUAUACAGUAUGUAAAUAUAUAUUAUAUAACAUAUAUGAUUUCUAUGCUUCACCCUAGCCCCUUUGUCUUGUCGAGUCAUGAUAUUCUCUUUCCACUUGGGGGUUAAUGCUAUCCCUGCAGCUUAUCUCAGCAAACUGUUGAAACACACUACUCUGUUGAAGGAAUCGUUAUCUGGCACUUGUAAGGAGAAAGCAAGGGACAAAUGUUUUUAUUUUAUUUUUCAUUUGUUGCAUCUUGAAUGUACAUGCUGUACAGUAAACUGACCAAACAGAAGCAGUCCCCUGUCCUCUACUGCACAGUCGGUCAGCUAUGUAUGGCAUAUGGAGAGACCUGGAUUUAACUGUGUCACCACAUUUUCCUUUGUUCCAAGUAAAUAAUGCUUAUGUCACUUGCACAGCAGUUUAACAGAGAUAUACACUCCGGAGUGUAAAAUUUUGUGAAAGAGAACCAAGACUGGAGAGGGCAAAUAAGCUGACCAGUGAGUUGCUGACUUGUAUUAAUUAUGUUAAAUAAUUUUUUGAAGUUUCAAGUCCUGGUCAAGCAUUUUAAAGUGCAGUGGCUGUACUUCAAACCCGUGAAAAGCUCUGUGCUCAAGGUUAAGUCAGUGUUUUUUCUCGUGACUGGCAGUUGACUGGUCUGAUUUGAUGUGAUAAGAGCUGCUGUAAACAGCAGUUCCGUGCGGCUUGCGGCGCAAUAUUUUCAACACAACGUGAGUGUGAGGAAACUGGCACUAACAAGAAGUAUCAGUCACAAAAAUGAGUUGUACAAUCCCACUGGGUAUAAGGUCUGUUCCAAGUCAGCCAGGUGCUGACAAAAUAAUGGUGAUGCUGUUCUAAUUAUUAAAUGAUUUAUUAUUAUAUGUUUCCAGUUUUAAGAAGCACAUUUCAGGAGCAGGCAUUUAAAUAUAAAGAAUUGUGGGUGUAUAAAGCCCCCUGAAUGGGGAAAAAAGAAACGUUAAACAUACACAGUAUUGUUUAAUCCAUACUAAAUGGUUUGACUAACAAGUGGUUUAGUUAGAGGCUCGCUGCAAAAGCUUCAUGUAACCACCUUAUUCUAGCACACAAGCCGUCGUGAAUUAGUCAUAAUGUAAAAACUGGCAGCAUGGAAACCUGUUGUUUUGAUAGUGGUGGUUGUGCUUUCUUUAGUCUUGUAUUUGUUUGUAUCAAACACCUUUCUUUGCAAGAUAAAAGGGUCUAAAUUUCACACUCAGCAUGGUGAGUGGGAGUAUAAAAUGGAUCUCAUGUAACCAGACCAGCGCAUAGAAACCAAUGAGAAUUCUGAAAAUUAAAUUGGUGGAACAGACUGGAAGCAAUUGUUAGUGUACUGGCCCCAAAUUUUACUUAGUUUUGCAUAAUGUCUCUUUGAUCUUCAUCCUUUCGCCUGAAUUGUGCCCUUAAAAAUUUCACAUUUAUUUUUAAAGUAAAAUGGUGUAUUUUAAGUUAACUCAGGUGUGUAUCCCCAGUGAAUCAGUGAAGGUGAAACAAUACACUAAAUGAAUUCUAUCGGUGGGGCAGAGAUAAGCAUUUGUAUUUAUCUUGCUUGUGGUUUGCCAGGAUGACAACAACCUACCUCUCAUCACUCAUUUCAUCUAUUCAGUGCAUCCAAAUUGAGUUAUACACACGGAACAGACAUCUUCACCAUCCUGGGCAUGGGUACUUCGUUUUUGUAGCCAAUGGUAAUCAGUGUCCACCUCUUUACUAACAAAUUAGCUGGCCAUUCACAGUGAAAUACAGCACAUUACAACUGCUGGUUGGUAGAAACAAGGUAAUGUCAAGUGUCAAGUAUCACUUUCAUGAAGAAUUUAAAGCACAACCUGUGUGCAUAAGGCCAACUCAGCCAUAACCGUCAAUAUUCCAAGAAAACAAACUUUACUGCACGCAUCUGUUGUCUUGUUUUGCCUGUCCAGCUGCUCAUAUAUUUUCUAUACAGGAAUAUAAAUAUUAUUGGCAGUGUAACUUUCUUUAGGACUAAUAGUGAAGACCAGUUGUGAUCUAUCCAUGCAAUGAAGUGAGUUGUGUUCUAUGCUUUUAACCUGCCUGUAAUGAAAAUAAAGACCACAUUACAUCUUUA